AUGUACAUUUUUGGAACUUUGAAGUCAAAGGAGAUUCUGGGGAUUGUAGCUGGGCAGGAAUUGCCUCGUCGCGGCCGAUGCUCGCAUUAUGGGAAGAGCUAUCGGUGGUUUAGGUUUUCUUGUUGUCUCAAGGUUUUCCCUUGCGAUAGAUGCCAUGACGCUGCGACUGACCAUCCAAAUGAACAUGCCAACCGCAUGAUCUGUGGCUUUUGCUCCCGCGAACAGAUCUACCGCCCGGAUAGCUGUGGUAUCUGCCACUCGACGCUCGUGGGGAGGGCUGGCAGUGGGUUUUGGGAAGGGGGCAAGGGGACAAGAGACAAGAGACGCAUGAAUCGGAAAGAUCCGAGGAAAUAUAAGCGACAAGGAGGGACUACCACGGGUCCUUCGGCGCAGAAAAAGUGAAGCACUUAAUGUAUGAAAUAUUAUUAUUGAGACACGAUUUGUUCAUAGCUAUGGGUUGGGCGGCACGCAAAGGGUGUAUGAGGAUUCUAUCUGAUGGAAGCUGUCAGCCUGUUGGCAUGUCCAUCAUUCCUCACUGACGACUGUGCUGUCUCCCAUUAUUUGCCCAUCCAUUAUCUUCGCGCAGAUAAGUGAGACACAGACAAGGAGGAAUGGGAGAGGGAAUGCCCCGUGUGUUUCCUAGCUUUGUUAGAUGGCUUCUCUGAAUCAGGGAAAGUGGCCUGAUAUCUUUUUGAGAAUGAGGUGCAAUGGGGGGUUCAAUGAAGAGAACUAUACUCCUUUG